ACACUUCCUACUUCCGCAAACACCGCUCCCUCCGUGCAGCAGCUCCUGUCGGUUUAUCGCUUCAUCGAUGCGGCAGUUCGCUGCCUCCUGGUUCCUGGCCCCGGUUCAAACCCUCCCCAGUGCGGACAUUUAUGACUGAUUGAUCGGCGUCAUGACGGCCAACAGCCGCUGUUCCGCCGCGGAGCCUCCGGGCCUGGAGACCCAGCGGCGAGAGGUCGAGUCUCUGCUGCGGGAGUGUGAGCUCUGUGCUGGGGACAGUUGGUACCUGGUGGAGCAUCGCUGGUUCCAGCAGUGGAAGGAGUUUGUGGAGACUGGAGACCAGAACUCGUCGUCCUUCCCCGGUCAGAUCGACAACACGGAGCUAUUCGAGGAUCUGGACUCGUACCACGUGAAGGAGCGCCUGGUGGAGAAUGAGGACUUUGUGCUGGUGCCGGCUGAGGCCUGGCACAAGCUGCUGGUCUGGUACGGCAUGGUGGUCGGGCAGCCGCCGCUGGAACGCAAGGUGGUGGACCUGCCCAGCACUCUGAAGGUGGAAGUUUACCCCGUUGAGAUCUUUCUCUGCCUCCAUAGCAACAUGGACAACGUCAUCACGGCACAGUUCAGCCGCGCCGACAACAUACAGUCGAUUCAGCGGGCGAUGUGUCAGGUGUUCUCGGUGCCGCCCGGCUCAGAGUGUCGUCUGUGGAUGAAGAGUUCAGACAGCAGCUGUGAGCGUCUCAGGAACUUGCACGUGAGCGUGCUGGACGCCUGCUUGAGCUCAGGCAUGACGGUGAUCAUGGAGACGAGGAAUGCUGACGGCACCUGGCCGAGCUCCAGGCCUCAAAUCAUGAGGAACUCUGUGGAGGACCAGGACUCGUACCGAGGACAGUCUGGAGUCUGCGGCCUCACCAACCUGGGAAACACCUGCUUCAUGAACUCUGCUCUACAGUGUCUGAGUAACACGCCUCCUCUGACCGAGUACUUCCUGCAGAGCUCCUACCUGGAGGAGCUGAACUUUACGAACCCUCUGGGGAUGAAGGGGGAGAUCGCGGAGGCCUACGCUGACGUCAUCAAACAGAUGUGGUCGGGGAGACAUUACUCGGUGGUGCCACGAGUCUUCAAGACAAAGGUGGGUCACUUUGCGUCUCAGUUCCUCGGGUACCAGCAGCACGACAGUCAGGAGCUUCUGUCCUUCCUGCUGGACGGACUCCACGAAGACCUGAACCGAGUCAAGAACAAAGAGUACAUUGAGCUGCGGGACGCUGAGGGACGCCCGGACCAGGAAGUGGCCGAGGAGGCGUGGCGGAACCACCGCCGGCGGAACGACUCGGUGAUCGUGGACACAUUCCACGGCCUCUUCAAGUCCACACUCGUCUGUCCAGAGUGCCUCAAGGUCUCUGUGACCUUUGACCCCUUCUGCUACCUGAGCGUCCCACUUCCUGUCAGCAAGGAGCGCGUCAUGGAGGUCUUCUACGUGUCUCUGGACCCCUACGCUAAGCCUGUCCAGCAUCGUGUUGUGGUUCCUAAAGCAGGGAAAGUGUCCGACCUCUGCUCGGCUCUGUCAGAGAUGACCGACGUUCCUCCCUCACAGAUGGUGGUAGCGGAUGUUUUCAACCAUCAUUUCUUUAAGAUCUACAACUCAGAUGAGUCUCUGAGCUGCAUCCUCGACCGAGACGACAUCUUUGUGUACGAGCUCAGCGUGCAGGAGGAGCAGCAGGAGGAGCAGGUGCUCCUCGCUCUCUACCUCAGGGAGCGCUCCCACUACAGAGACUACGGCUCCGGCAGCAGCUCGUACGGCACCUCGCUGUUCGGUCACCCGCUGCUGCUCGGUGUACCGCGCAGCAGCUGCAGCCAGGAGGCGCUCUACAACCUGUUCCUGCAGAGACUGGCGCGCUAUGUGCGUUGUCCCGACCCUUCUGAGGAGUUGGAGGAAGAGGAGGAAGACGACGAUGAAGAGGACUUGUACAAGACUCAGACCAACGGCAUCAGUGACGAUGAGCAGCAGGAGGAAGCCGAGCGAGUCGAACCGUCUCAGACUCAACUCUCUGAAGACGCCACAGCAAACAGCCAAUCAGACGCCACCGCCACCGUGGACCCCCCCCCUGAGCUCAACCACACGCAGCCCCCCCAGGACCACAGCGGCCAGGAGGCCCCCAACGGGUCCGGCCUCCAGACGGAGCUCCUCCCCCCCGCCGCCGGCACCAGUGAGGAGAGUCUCUGUGGAAACCAGAGCAGGACCGACGCCACCUCAGAGUCACCGGCAGAGCAAACACCACAGCCCGGGGAGGAGGAGAGAGAGGAGGACAAGCAGGAGGAGGCGUGUUCUCCCAGCCCGCUGACCAAUGAACAGUCCACCAAGAGGAGGGCGUGUCCUAAGAGGAGGAAGAGUCUGUUCAUCAUCCAGGCGGUGAACUCCAACGGGACGACCGAGAGAGGGAGUGGAGAGGGAGGGAGCGCCGUGUCCUUCAGCUCUCAGCCUUACGUGGCGAUCGACUGGGACCCCGACAUGAAGAAGAGAUUCUACAAUGAAAACGAAGCUGAGAAGUACGACAAACACUCCAGCAUGGAGGUUCCUCAGCAGCAGACCACGGUGCAGCUGCAGGAGUGUAUCGAGCUGUUCACCACCGUGGAGACACUGGAGGAGGAGAACCCAUGGUACUGUCCGGUGUGUAAGAAACACCAGCUGGCCACAAAGAAGCUCGACCUCUGGUCUCUGCCGGAGGUUCUCAUCAUUCACCUCAAGAGAUUCUCAUACACCAAGUUCACCAGAGAGAAGCUCGACAGCAUCGUGGACUUUCCCCUCAGGGACCUGGACUUCUCCGGCUGCCUCCUGAGGAAAAAGCUGUCCAAUGGGGAGCCUCCGAGCUGCUAUGACCUCAUCGCGGUGUCCAAUCACUACGGAGGACUCAGAGAUGGGCAUUACACCAGCUACGCGGUGAACAAGGACAACGGGCAGUGGUACUACUUUGACGACAGCAAGGUGACGUACGCCCGGGAGCCUCAGAUCGUGACCAACGCUGCCUACGUCUUGUUUUACCACCGGCAAGAUAAGAUCAGAAAACCCACUCUGCCGCCUCCCAACACAAGCCCCGCCUCCUCCACUCCCCAGCCCGCCAACGAAACCAUCACUUCCUGUAAGGACGACGGCGCCGAGCCGGGCGCCUCCUCCUACGUCACGAUGGAAACAGACUAAACACAAGAUUUAGUUUUCUACUUUCUGGUUAUUAGUUUUGUUUUGAUCAGAUCAGUCGGCCUCUUGUUUUCUAUUUCACCGUUUUCUCUUUCAUCGAAACUUGAACUUGAUUUGACUCUGACCUGAUUACCUUUAAUCCACAUUAAAUAUCAGUUGGCUCAUUAUUAUUAUAAUUAUAUUAAUUCAACAAAGAAAAUAACUUCAAUCCAAUAGUCAUUUAAUUAUAAAGUAAUAUUUGAUUUUAUUAAAAGGCUUUUAAAUGUCAAGGUUCAGUUUUACACUUGUAAAGUAUUAAACUUCCACAAAUACCAGACACUAAAUUUAACAAUUUAGUUCAUUCAAUAUUUAUUGAUCAGAGACGGAUUCGUUGACUUUUUAGUGAAAUAAUUUCUCCAAUUUUAACACGUAGUUUCCAUUUCAUCGUUAGAUAUCUUCAAAUGAACGUCUCAGUCGCAGAGUAGAGACGGUUCAACUGAAUUCAAUAGAAACCAUUACAGCAGAGUGAUGGAUUAUGGGUAAUCAGCACUGUUUAUAAUAGAUUUGAUACAAAGCUGCCAGGGAUAAUAAGUCUCUUUGUAUAUUAAGACAGUUUCUUUCCUUUAUUUAUUUUUAAUUGACUAAAUUCAGCUGUAACAGGACUAGUUUGAUUUUUCCUCAAUUGAUUUUAUCGAUCGACUGGUGCAGGACAUUAAGAUGCUUAUUUUUUUGUAUUUAUAGAUAAGAAUUUGUAUCCAGACAGAAUAACAGGUUGAGUUUUCUUCUCCGGUCUGAGCAGAGACGCAGGUGAAGUUUUCUCUGUCGUCACUGAGUCUUCAUUUCUCUGAACCUGCUGUGUACAGUAUUUUUGUAUUGUAAGAAAUGUAUUAUUAUCAUUCCUGGUGGAGCAGGAGGGAAACUUGGGGCGAUCUUUCUUUGGUCAAUUAUGAGAUGAAAAUAUUUUAUUGUACUUGAUUGUUUUGAUAUGAAUAAAAGGGUUAUUAUCACAAU